CAGGUGAGACAUGAGUUCCUUUCACCCCACUCUCGUUUCCAGACUCCUUGGGUGCAGAACAUACUUUUGAAGAUUAACUAUUGUGCAGUCACUGAAGUGAAUACUGCCCUCGUAUGCAAAUUCUUUAGCGAGACCAAAUUCUCUCACUUUGGGGAGGAGGCGAGGGUAGUUUUCUCCAUGGUCGGCACCUCCAGGGUUGCGGAUUUGACCCCGUAGCACGACAAAUUCAUAUGACACGGCGCCAAAUCCGGUGCUGACGUGGCGUAUCCGCAUGCCAGGGAUGAGGAUUCGCCUCAUACGUGACGAUACCGCCCCAUAUCCCAGCAGAACCCCAUUACACCCUAUGCCUGGUCUUACCAGGUCCCGUAAGAAGUUCCCAUGCUUUGUUAAGCCCGCCGCCCAACAGCCCUCUUCCCCCCUGCCCUCCGCCGCCCGACAGAACUCCGCCGCUCAGCAGCAGUCCUCUCCUCUGCUCUCCUCUGCCCAGCAGCACCCCUCCCCCUUCCUCUCCGCCGCCCAGCAGCACACCUCCUCCCUGCUCUCCUCCGCCCAGCAGCACCCCUCGCCCCUGUCCUCCGCCACCCAGCAGCACUGCUCACCACUGCUCUCCUCUGCCCAACAGCACUCUUCCCCCCUGCCCUCCGCCGCCCAACAGCCCUCUUCCCCCCUGCCCUCCGCCGCCCAACAGAACUCUGCCGCUCAGCAGCAGUCCUCUCCUCUGCUCUCCUCUGCCCAGCAGCACCCCUCCCCCCUGCCAUCCUCCGCCCAGCAGCACUCCUCCCCGCCGCUCCCGUCCGCUUCUCAGCACUCUUUCCCCCCUCUCUCCUCCGCCCAGCAGCACUCCUCCCCUGUGCACUCGAACCACCUAAUGCACUCCUCCCAGCUGCCCUCCACCAUUUUUUCCCCCUCUCAGCCGCUGCAAUACACCUCUGAUCUACCCUGACCAGUUGCACUCCUCUCAUGUGCUCUCCAACGCCCUGCUGCCCUCUUCAUCGCCUCUACUUUCAUCUGGCCAACCACCAUCCUGUUCCCCUCACUCCUCUUCCGCCCAGCUGUGCCCUUCACCUCUGCGCUCCGAUUCCCAUUUCAGUAACACUGCGACACCAACCGCAGGGAUCCUACGUGUUCCCGUAGCUGCGUUUUCUGCUCCCGCUCCUCACCCA